GAAGGACGGAGGGUUGGAGGGAGGGAUAGUGCGGGCAGAAGGGAUGAGGAGGAGGGCUGGAAGGGAGGGAAUUUCUCUUCUCCGGAGGUUAUAGCCGACGCUGAACUCAGAGCUAUCAGACCCAAGCGGGUACAAGAGCAACUCAAUGACUUUGAUUUUGAUGUAUCGUCAAUAUCGCCACCGAAACGUCGCAAAUAUACGGAUAGGGAAGUUAAUAAGUUUUGAAUGGAGGUUCUAAAAGAAGAAAGAGCACUGAUAGCCAAAAAUCACUUCUUUUGGAUAAGCAACUAGAACUGCUUGGCGAAAUGAAAGAAAUGAUCAGUGAAACCCUGCAAAUCUUACGUGGAAAAAGGGAAG